CAUGAAGAUGUUGCGGGAGCCACAGUCGCACCCAGGAGCAUUUGGAUUGCAAAUGUGGCAGCAGCAGUGGCAGGUCAUGGCACGUUACACCAUUUCAGCAGCCCUGGGCUGUUUAGGCAAAUGAGAGUGUGUGGCUGGCAGAGGCAGGGCAUUUACCCUCUCUCCCCCUCUCUUUACUGCCUCUUAUUCAAAUUUGGGUCAGGGGUGAGGAUUUCUCACGUCACACAAGCUUGCAGGCAAGAUGGCGCUCGGAAAGCUGUGAGAUGUGAAAACAGAAUGACUGUUUGAAGAGCUUCUGUCGAUGCAUUAAGGUUUUAUAGGUGAAGAAAAAGAAGUUGGAAAUGGAAUUGCCAAAUCAUGCCAAACAAUUGCUGCUGCAGCUAAACCAACAAAGAGCCAAAGGUUAUCUGUGUGAUGUGAUCAUAGUUGUAGAAAAUGCCCUUUUUCGAGCACACAAGAACAUUCUUGCAGCCAGCAGUAUCUACUUCAAGUCCCUUAUCCUUCAUGACAACUUGAUCAACCUCGAUACGGACAUGGUCAACCCGUCGGUAUUCCGGCAGGUUCUAGAUUUCAUUUACACUGGCAAGCUUUUGUCAUCUGAUCAGUUCAGUGACCACAAUUUCAACGCUCUUCUAACAGCAGCAAGCUACCUCCAACUUCACGACUUGGCUGCUCUCUGCAGGAAGAAGCUGAAGCGCAAUGGGAGAUCCCUCCUUAAUAAACCAACCACCCCAACCAAUGGAAGAACUUCUAGGAACCAAAGGCUGUCCUCUACACCUGUAACUCCAAACCAAAUGUCAGGGUUAAAAGACAGCGAGAAGACAAAGAGACACGAGGAGCUUAUCAAAGAUGACUUGUCAGAGGACGAGAUGUUUGCGAGAAACACCCACUGUGCAACUUCAAAUUCGCUCAGUCCCUCUACGAGUAAGAAUGGAAGCAACGGCAGUUGUGGCAUGCAGGAACUUGGCCUAGACCUUUCCAAGAAAAGCCCCUCAGGGAGCACAGCCACUGAAGAAGUAAGUCCCAGCAGCAUCCCACAAGAAUCACCUCAGUCUGCCUCAGAAUCCACAGCCAACAGUGCCUCAUUUGAUGAGAACCCCAACACACAGAACCUCACCGCUGGAGAGCCCAUGGAGCUGGGCGGAGGAGAAUGUGAAGAGAGCCAACCACCUCCAGACAUCGACCAGCAUAAAAGCUCCCGGCAGGUUACCCGGCAGAGGCGGCAACCCAAGAGCGAAGGCAAAAAGGGCGAAGACGUGGAACGAGUAACUUUACCAAACGGAGUCUCCAAACGAUUGAAAGUGGCUGGAGAGAGGCUCCCUGCAGGUGGGAAUGGCAACUCCGAAGUAUCCUUCCAGUGUAAAGAUGAAGAGGAAGGCUUGGAGAAUGGACAGGAGCAGAGUGAAGAGAGUGGACAGAGUGAGAACGAAGGUGGGCGUAAUAGCGCCAAUUACGUGUACCGCCAGGAAGGUUUUGAGCCCGCCCUUGGCGACAACCUUUACGUUUGCAUCCCCUGUGGUAAAGGCUUCCCGAGCUCUGAGGAGCUGAAUGCCCACGUGGAGACCCACACAGAGGAGGAGUUGUAUAUCAAAGAGGAGGAUGAUGAUUCUUAUCCAAAGGAAGAUGAAGUAGAAGCAGAAGACUUGUCUUCACAAAUAACCCAAGUCCACGGCACCGAGUCGCGUCGCUUCAGCUGCUCGGUCUGCAACAAGAGCUACAAAGAUCCGGCCACUCUUCGUCAACACGAGAAGACACACUGGCUCACCCGUCCGUUCCCCUGUAACAUCUGCGGCAAGAUGUUCACCCAACGUGGCACCAUGACACGCCACAUGCGCAGCCACCUGGGGCUGAAGCCCUUUGCCUGCGAGGAAUGCGGCAUGCGCUUUACUCGCCAAUACCGGCUCACAGAGCACAUGCGGGUUCACUCAGGUGAGAAGCCGUACGAAUGUCAGCUUUGUGGGGGCAAAUUUACCCAGCAGCGUAACCUCAUAAGCCACCUACGAAUGCAUACCUCCCCAUCAUAAGCCAAAGACACCUUGAACAGGAGACCCUCAGCAAAAAGAGUCAAUGCACACCUCUUCCAUUUGAAGUACACAGCAAGGAGCCAAUAACCCAAAGCAGGAUCCUCGUCUGCUGUAAAGUGUAGGAGGAGCCUUUCAGACCGAGAGCCCCAACAAUGGAAAGAAUUAACUGAUUGGUAUGAGUUUAUGGGUUAUAUAUUUUUUUUGAAUAUUGCUGUGAAUGUAUAACUGGGGUACUAAUUGUAUUUUUUAUGUUUCCUGGGAUAUUGUGACCACUCCCAACCACUGCAGUCCAUACAUUGCUUUUAUGAUACAUCUUAAGUCUAUGUGGUCUGUCUGGUUGUUGUUGCUUUGUUUUUUGUGUCCCAGAAAUAUUCCUUCUUUCCGUUCUUGGUCAUAAAUUCUGUAAAUCCCUCUCUACGGUUUUGGACUUGUAAUGACCAACUACUUGUAUAAACAAAGGUUCAAGUUCUUUGAAGUGUCUUCUAAGGGUCUCAAAGAUAGCGUUGUCUUUUAAGUGGUGUUUCAUAAAAGCUUUGUGCAUCCAACCAAACAUUUCCCAGUAUACCUUCUCGGCACAUCACAUCCUCUGGCUUUUUUCAAGGUGUAGCUGGAAAGCAGGGACUUUACAAUGAAAACCCUGCUCCUACAUCUGGAUGCAAGCCAAUGGCAAAGUGGUGUCAAGAGGCCGUGGGCAUAUUUUGUCGUUUACUCAAAUAUAAAUAUAUAUAUAUA